AUGACCGUUGCACCUGUGAUUCGCCGCAUCGCCUUUUCAGGGAAAAAGUCUCGACAUACGCCAACGGAUCGAAUCUGCGUCUUCAAAAAUCAGACGGCGACCAUGUUUGCCUUCCAAGACUCCGAGCAGCAGCAGCUGCAGAAGCUGAUUCGGGACAAAUUUAUCACGAGGGUUCGUGCCUUCGCGCUGUACGUUGCUGCCCUCCGCCUCCUGCCUACGGUCUUCUGGAUUUUUUCGUCAGAGACGCCUAAGAACCAGAUCUCAGCCUGA